AUGGCUAAGGGUGUUAAGCCCGAACUCAAACUCUUAAUACUGCUUCACCCACGGAAUUCCCAUUUUGCCCUCAACCUCCCCACCAUCCAGCAGAGGCUUUUCGGUACUUCCACACGGACCCACCCGCUCCGAUUCGAGCUUCCAGAAGACAAAACCCGACCCGCACGUCCUGAACGUGCAGAAGGCCAAAAACACGGCGAAGAUGGCCGUGAUCAGCCACUCCGGGAACACCACGUUGCACACCACGCCGCCGCUGACGCCGAGCAGCAUGCACGGCUCUGCCAGCAGCGCGAUCUCGUAGUCGAUCAUCGGCCGGGAGCCCCGCAAUUGGCGGCCGACGGCGGCGAUCGAGCCGCCGGUGACCAUGAACGCCGAGUAGGCGGCGGCGGAUUUGAGGUCCAGGCCGGCUACGGUGGCGAGAAUCGGCACGAAGAGGCCGCCGCCGCCGAUUCCGCCGGCGCUGGAGACCGCGGCGGCGGCGGAGGAGAGGAUCCCGGCGAGGAGGAGUCGAGGGCUUGGUAUCGGGAUCCGGCCCGGGAAUUGAGCCGGAUUUUCGCGCAGACGAGGGCGGGUCGUGUUGGGGGCUCCGUCGGGGGAGAUUGGGCCGGGACCGGGUCGGGUCGGGUCUAG